AUGGGUUGUUUUUCAUCUAAAUCAGAUGAAAGAAACGAGACUAUUGAUUCUCAAAGUUCACAAGCUGAAUUUCGAUACAUUGAUGGUAGAAGAUUUCAUAACGUUGAAAAUGUUAAAUAUCAUUUACCAAAUGAUGAGAAUGAAACGGAUAGGCUACAUUCUCAGCAUUUUUUAUUAAGAUAUAUAUGGCAAAGCAACUUUUCAGCUCCUGUUGAUCAUAUAUUGUCAAGACCAGAUGCCAAAAUCCUUGAUGUCGGGUGUGGUGCAGGUUCAUGGUCUUUUGAUAUGGCAACCACGUAUCCAUUAGCUAAAAUUAUUGGAUUAGAUAUAUCUUCACACCAACCAACUACUAUAAAACCUAAAAAUUUUGUAUUCGUUAAGGCGAAUGCUGAGGAAAGAUUACCAUUUGAUGAUAAUACUUUUGAUUUUGUAUUUCAACGAUAUUUAACAUUUGGUCUUACCAAAGAGAGGUGGCCACAUGUAAUAAAUGAGUUGGUCAGAGUUUUAAAACCGGGUGGAUUUUUAGAAUUAUGUGAAUUUUCUUCUGGUUUUGAUUUAGGACCAGUUACUAAACGUUUUAGUGAUUGUGGUGUGUAUCUUAAUGUUACAUUAUCUAUAUUCUUUUACUUACAUAAUGAUUUAUUCAAUUAUCAUAAAGAAUACGAAAUAUUAGAACAACAAGGCAGUGAUUUUGAUUCAUAUCAAAAGUUAGAAGAAUAUUGUCGAAAUCAAGGUCAAUUAGAAAAUAUUAAAAAAGAAGUUAAGCCAUGCUAUUAUAACUCAAAUAGCAGUGUCGAACUUAGUAAAGCGAUUCUUGGUAAUCUGUCUUUCGCAUAUACUUCACUUAAACCUAUUUUAUCAAAAAAGUUGCAAGUUUCUGAUGAAGAAUACGAUGAGUUGACUAAAAUGUCCGAAAAAGAAGUAGUGGAGCUUAAUACUUAUUAUAAAAUAGUCCGUGUUUAUGCAAGUAAAAUUAUUCAUAAAUAA